UGUUGUCUUUGGCUGGCACUUGUCCCGGAAUAUGAGUGAUUCGCGUGAACAGAUUUUGGAGCAAAUUAAACUGCAAGGCGAUCUCGUGCGUCAGUUGAAGGGAGCCAAGGAGUCCAAGGAGAAGCUCGACUGUCGAGGCCAGCAGCAGGAGGUGGAGCAACAACAACAGCUGACAUACAGAGAAUAGGCGGGAGAACAGAAUGCCGGAGACGCUGCCCGCAACGGCCACGGUGACAGCCUCGAGCAUCGACUGCACUGUCGCCGUGCUCAAGGUACCGACGCCCACCAUGCAAAUGCCGCAGGUGUGCAAUCUCCAGAGCCUCGGACUCAUCAUGGAGCCCAAUAACAUAAACAUCGAGCUGAAUCCCGCGGCCGGGGUGACACCCACAACCACAGCCACACCCACCACGACCACUCCGCCCGAUUUCAAGAUGAUGACUAUGGAUAUUACCAAAACAGAACCCGGACUCGUCGGGCUCUCAUCGAAUCAACAGCAGCAAUCCGGACAGCAGCAGCAGCAGCAGCAGCAGCAGCAGGCCGCCAGCAUGAACAGCAACAACAACAACAACAACAGUGGCAACAAUGUGGGCCAACAGAAUGCCAACAGCAACAGCAACAACAACACAAACAACGGCUGCAACGGCGGUGGCAACAAUGGCAACAACAACAGCAACAGCAAUGUGCAAAGCAUUGCGGCGGCGGCCAAUAACAACAACAACAACAACAACGGCAGCCAACUAUGCGCCGGUUGCGGCAAGCACAUACAGGACCGUUACCUGCUGCGCGCCCUCGACAUGCUGUGGCACGAGGAUUGCCUCAAGUGCGGCUGCUGCGACUGCCGACUGGGCGAGGUGGGCUCCACCCUCUACACGAAGGGCAAUCUAAUGCUCUGCAAGCGUGAUUAUUUAAGAUUAUUUGGCAACACGGGCUACUGUGCCGCCUGCAACAAGGUUAUACCCGCCUUCGAGAUGGUUAUGCGCGCCCGCACCAAUGUCUAUCAUUUGGAAUGCUUUGCCUGUCAGCAGUGCAAUCAUCGGUUCUGCGUGGGCGAUCGCUUCUAUUUGUGCGAGAACAAAAUACUCUGCGAGUACGACUAUGAGGAGCGGCUGGUCUUCGCCUCGAUGGCCAAUCAUCCGAUGCUGAAGCGCCACGUCUCCUCGCUGGGCCAGGGCUCGCCCACUGGCGCUGCUGGUGCAGCGGGCGCCACCGGCGGACUGCUCGGCGGCGGACCUGGUGGCGUGGCCAAUGGUGGUGUGGGCGUGGGCGUGGGCAUGGUCAAUGGUCCGCGCACACCGGGCGAUCACAACAACAACAAUGGACCACAGACGCCCACCGGUGGCGGUUCACCGUUUGCGGCCGCUGCAGCUGCCGCCGCCGCCGCUGCACACAUGAAGAAUCAGCUGGGGGCGUCCAGCUAAAAUAAAGCCCUGGGCAUGGGCGGAGUUGGACCAGG